AGGCAAAAGAAAAUCUCACAAGACCACCAGCGAAAAAAGAAGACAGGAACAGUCCACGAUGCCUGCCCCCUCGCCCUGGAAGACCUGGAACUCCUGCUGCGGCCAGCCCGGCAGCUCUGCAUCCAGCAGUGCCAGCGAGCCUCUGGGCCCGCGGCCCGCCAAGGUCGAUCCCGCCCGCACCGGGGGCAAGCGGAGCAUCGGCUACCCCCACACCGGGAGCGCAGGCCAGAAGGGCGCUGGCUCCGGCUCCGGCUCCGCCCCGGCCGGGAGCGGCAGCAAGGGGGCCACCUUUGAGGUGAACACGCGUGGCGGCAGCGGCGGCGGCGGCAGCGCCAAGGGGGGAAGCGCCAAGGGGGGAAGCGCCGGGCCCUCGGGCGGCGGCGGCUCCUCCAGCCGCACCCUGCAGCCGAACCUGCCAAGCGGCCCGCCCUCGGGUGGCGUCGGCGGCGGCUGGGAGUGGAGCGCGACCGUGAGCGGCGGCGUGCCCGAUAGCAAGGGCAAGGCGGCCGAGACGGGCCGCUCGUCGUCGUACAUCAGCUUCCCGCCCCCGGACCUCCCGAGGUCCAGCGACAGCUCGGGCUCGGGCCCGUCGCGGGCCGUGGAGUCGCUUCGGCAGAUCCAGGACAAGAGCAGCUAUACGGGAUCCGGCGCUGCAGGCGGCAGCCGGCGCUGA